ACAAACAAUAUCUAAAUUGAUGAAACGCGUUCCGGCCGAGAUUCCCUUCUGUCUAUUAUUUUGCCAUGGAUGUAAUUGGAACCUGAAUCUCUCUGUUCUCCACUAAUUACCUCCUCUCUCUCUCUCUCUCUCUCUCUCUCGCACCAUACAUUGGCCUCUUAUUUUCAGUGUGUUGAUUUUUAGUGUCGAUUCUAACUUCCCCUUUUCAUUCUCUUUCUCCCUUCCCCCAAUAAUUUAGGGUUCCCCAGAGUCUAUUGGUCUAUCAAUUUCAAUCCUCCUUGAUUCGUGCGAUAAUCCCCUCGAAUCUAUACAAAACCAUGAAGCAGCAAACCAAGAGGAAAAAGAAGAAGCACCGUCCCUCGCGCGCCUCCAAUCCCUCUGGAAACCAAGCACCUCAUGAUGGAGAACAAAAUCAACAACAGCAGCAGCAACAAACCAAUACGGUUUUGUCGUUAAUGGAGGCGUUUGAUUACGUCUCUUUCGAAGAAGCCUCCUCGGCUUGCAGAGAAGCUAAUGGUGAUGUAAACAAAGCGGCUGGCAUCUUAGCCAACUUGACAGACAAUGUAGAGGAUCCGUCUACGAGUUCUGUUUCGAGUUUGGACUUUGGUUCGGGUUUCAACUCGAGUAUUGCGGGUUCCAGUUCGGGCUCCUCGGAGGGGUACAUGGAGGCGAAUAUGAAUAUGGUGAACAGGAAAGGCUUUCGAGGAAGUAAUAAGCAGAAGAAAGUCGUGGCCGCUACGGGGACGGUUUCAACGGUUCUGGGAAAGGAGUAUGUCAAGGCAAGCCCUAGGAGAGAUUCCGCGAAAACAAAGGAGUUUGUUAAUGGUGUUGUGGUGAAGGAAGAGGCUGAGCAGUUCUUGUGUUCUAUGCUCAGUGACGAUUGCGAGCUAAGCAUGGCUAUUGUUAGAGAUGUCCUAUGUCAGUGUGGAUAUGAUGUUGAAAAGGCUUUGGAUGCAUUGCUUGAUUUAUCUGCUUCCUCCAUUGAGCAGUCAAGGAAUACUUAUGUUGUUGAGCGUGAUGAUAAUGCAACAGAUAGGGCAUCUGAUUGCACUUCUCAUUCAACCGAAAGUGAAGUUCAUGAAAGCAUAUGGGGCUAUGAUUGCAGGAAUUAUUCUGAGGUCCUUACUGGUUUUGAAGCUCCAUCAACCAGCCCAAGAAGUAAUCAGUCAGAUCUCCCUCAAAAGGUGUUGGAAUCUUUGUUUCACACCUCCAGAAGCUCUGAACAUGAACCAGGCACCAUGAAUUGGAGGCAUGUGGUAAAAAAAAUGCAGUUGUUGGGUCUUGGCAUUGAUGUCUGUCCAUCUAGUGAUACAGUUCCUCAGCAGGACACUUAUGCUAGGGGUUCUGAUUAUCACCUGUUUAGACAAUGUGCUAAGCAGCAUUGGGAGUCGAUGAGAUCUUAUUAUCAAAAAGCUGCAGUAGCUUAUGCGAAGGGAGAACGGGAAUAUGCAGCUUACCUUUCAGACCAGGGGAAAUUACAAACUAAAUUGGCUCAAGAGGCCGAUGAAAGAGCAAGCCAGAAUAUUUUUAAAGCUAGGAACAAGGGCAUAGAAAAUGUAGUAACAAUUGAUUUGCAUGGGCAGCAUGUCAAACAAGCAAUGAAGCUGUUGAAACUUCACCUUCUAUUUGGAACUUAUGUGCAUUCAAUUCAAACUCUCAGAGUAAUCACAGGAUGUGGGAGUCAUGGUGUGGGAAAGUCAAAACUCAAACAAUCAGUAAGAUCAUAAAACUUCUGGAAAGGGAAGGGAUUAGAUGGAGUGAAGAGAACCGUGGAACAGUGCUAAUUAAGAUUGAUGGAUUGAAAGAAUAUAGCUUUCUGGAUUCAGAUAGUGAUACUGAACCACUGUAGCAUAACUAAUCCAGCCAAACCCACAGGAGCUUCCUUGAUUUUUUAUUCCCAAAAAAAGUCAGUAGGGAGGCAUUCGUCGUUUGCUGGUGAUCACAGGUUUCAGAUGUUCAUAUUUAGGUAGAAACUCCUUUCAUUUCAGUAGUUAGUGAAGGUUUAACGCUAGACGCAGGCGUUCCUAGAAGAAGGAUGUGGUUGAUUUAGUCAGUGAUCCUGUCUGUAUUCUGGAUGUGUACCAUCCUGUAUCUUGUUCAUUUAUGAGAACUGAUAUAUGGUCAAGAUGUACAUCUGCAGGUUGUAGACUGACCAUCUUCUCUGGUUUAUCAAUAAAAAUAAUGUUUGGAUCAA